AUGACACGCCACUGCUUGGGCUGCGGUGCAAUCGUGAGUUUGAGCAGUCUUGUUAUUUCUACGUUGCGGCUCUGCUGUACAUUUUGUUUUGCGUUUCUUCACAUGCUCCGUUUCUUUUUUUUACUUCUUUACCUCGUGUUUCUGCAGGCACGCAGAAGCACACGCACACAUAGUGCAAAUCACGGUGGAUUCGGAUGGUUCUUUUGCGGUGCGUGUGGCAGCAGCGUGUGGGUGCCGCUUUUUUCCGUGGGCAUGAAGCGAAGGGAGAGGGAGGGAGCGCGCAGGGCGAGUGUCUCUUCCUGA